CUUACUACAUCUGGAUCUAGCUAAACAAAUUUUCCUUACAUUCCGGCGAAAAUGUGUGACUUCGUGUUCAAUAUCCUGAUCCUAGGAGACGCCGAUGUGGGCAAGACCUUCCUCUUUGGGCGUUUCUUGGAGGACCGCUUCUCUCUCAAUUACAACGCAACCGGCGGAGGUGGCUCGAAAGGUCGUGCUCCUACAAGUGUGGAAUUUAGCCGCUUCCGCAACGUGAGCCACUGGCUGAAGGAGCACGGCGUCAUGUGCCGCAAGGAGUGUUGCCCCCCAGCGAAAACUGUUGAGCGAUGUGGUAUCGAAAACAAUGAUAACACCGUUGGCAUCGGGAUAAUAGUAACUCGUAUGCAUUGCAUAAUUCCUUGCCGGAGGAAUCCUUUGUAGAAGCAUCAUCUUUGGAGCCACCUCUGCCUGGCACACAUUGUAAUUGAGGUUGAAGCUGUCCUCCAAGAAGCGACCUAAGAGGUCUUGUCCACACCGACGUCCUCUACGAUCAGGAUCUUGAGCAUGUAGUCAUACAUUUUCGUCAAAAUGUAAGAGAUAUUUUUGCAGCUCGAUCUUAUUGUAGGAGGUACUGCUCCGCCCCCACUGAAAAACAAGUAAAUAUACUGGUGACAGUACACAUACAGCGAUUAUACAGUCUUAACUUAUAAGCACCAGAAUAGAAGUAAUCCACGGGAGGUAGGAAUCAUCUCCAUAAUCUGAUCUCCGUUCAAGGACACAAUGCCAGUGCUGUUUAGGGAAAGAAGAUUUAUCGAUCGGGAAAAUGGGUACUCUAAAGAGAACAUUCAAAGAGGCAAUGGUGGAGCAAGCUUUGGGAUGUGGCGAAAGUUCCAUUACGGGCUGCCGCCACACCAAAGGCAUUGUCCUUAAAAUGCGAUGCAGGACCUCCAGGCUGCCUGGCAGGCUCCGCACUGCGAUCGGCCGUAUAGCAGGAGUGAUUCGCGUGUUGUCAUCUUUGAGGGAGAUUUUCGCAAUCACUGGAUAGUAGUUGCCACUUUCAAUUGAAUUUCCUGACCAUGGAGGAUAUUUCGCUCGAGUACGCACAAUGUCUGACUAGUAAUUAAAGUUGAAAAUGUAAA